UUUGCUUGCAGAGAGAUGAUAACAAAACUCCAAACCCCUAGGAAACUCGAGUUACCAGUCCAUCGGGACAAUAGGGCACAGCGAAGCUGCCGCCGGAGCUCGCGGAUCCAGCGCCUCUCCUGGCUAUUCCUGGAGCCUGGAACCCCCGUUGCCAUGUCCUACCCCCAGUUCGGAUACCCCUACUCGUCUGCACCCCAGUUCUUGAUGACCACCAACUCCUUGACAACUUGCUGUGAGUCCAGCGGCAGGACCCUCACGGACUCCGGGGCGGCAGCCUCCGCUCAGACCCCCGUCUAUUGCCCCGUGUACGAGAGCAGGCUGCUGGCCACGGCCAGGCACGAGCUCAGUUCGGCAGCUGCCCUGGGAGUCUAUGGGAAUCCCUACACAAACAGCCAAGGCUAUGGCAACUACGUCACCUAUGGGACAGAGGCGUCGGCCUUCUAUUCCUUGAACAGCUUUGAUUCGAAGGAUGGGAGCGGAUCUGCGCAUGCGGGAAUUACCCAGGCGGCGGCUGCUUACUAUCCCUACGAUCACACGCUCAGUCAGUAUCAAUAUGACAGAUAUGGUACCAUGGACGGAGGGACAAGGAGGAAAAACGCCACCCGGGAGACAACCAGCACGCUGAAGGCCUGGCUGCAGGAGCACCGCAAGAACCCCUACCCGACCAAAGGGGAGAAGAUCAUGUUGGCCAUCAUCACCAAGAUGACUCUCACGCAGGUCUCCACCUGGUUCGCCAACGCCAGGAGGAGGCUCAAGAAGGAGAACAAGAUGACCUGGCCCCCCAGGAACAAAUGUGCUGAUGAAAAGAGACCCUACGAGGAUGAAGAGGAGGCAGAGGCUCAAGGGGAGAGCUUGAAGAACGAGAAACUCAAUGAGCCCUCAAGCAAGGAGGAAAAAGAGUUGGGCCUCAGCGACCUGGACGACUACGACCCGCUAGAAUCCGAAGGCUCGGAGGGCGAGCUGAAGGCCCAAGCUUUCGGCCACGUGGAGAGCGACGCGUGCGCCAACGAGCCCUGCAAGGAGCCCUCCUUGGGCGGGGCCGCCGCCACUCUGGAAAGCAACCUCGACAGGGCCAAGAGCUGCCUCGAGGACCCGACGACGGGCCAGGAAGGCUGCGAGGCGGCAGAGCUCCUGAGUGCCCGGCGGAACAGCUGCGAGGCCAAGCCCUGUUACCAGCAGCAGCAGCUCCUGGAAGCCGGCAGCAAGCCAAGGAUUUGGUCGCUGGCACACACGGCCACUUCCCUCAACCAGGCGGAGUACCCGUCGUGCAUGCUGAAGCGCCAGCAGGGGGCGUCCAGCGCCGUGACGCCCACUCCGGCCAUGAGCGUCAUCGAGAGGCACCAGAAGGAUUCCCCCGUCACCAACCUCAGGAACUGGGUGGACGGCGUGUUCCACGACCCCCUCUUCAGGCACAGUACUUUGAACCAAGCCUUGAGCAACACCACAGUGUCUUGGGCUACCACCAAAGGCUCCAUCUUGGAGACGGGGCCCCUGGGGCGCUCGCUGGGGGGUGGCGCCGCUGUGCUCAAGGGGCAGCUGGCAGGCCUGGCUGGGCCCCAGGACUCCGGCAAAGACUUUCUGGCGUUCCCCAAAGCAAGCAGCAAAAUGUUCUGCUCCUAACGACCAAGCCCCGUCCGCCUCCCUGGGACAGGGUGGGGGAAAGGCAAGACGGGGAGAAGGCUCAGGCCAGAGCGGCUGAGGGCGAGCGGGCAGACCGAGAGAGAGAGACUUGGAGAGUUUAAAUUUAAGCAAGUGACGUGUUUCAAUUGCAAAAACAAAACAUGGAUUUUAAAAGUUCAGUUUGCUGAUUUAAGGGGGAGAGAGAGAGAGAGACUUCCUCCUCUGCUGUUGAAAGAUUUUCACUUGGCGGCGACCUUGUCUUCACGGUUAUUUAAGGCCACAGCACGUUCCACUAGUUAUAGCGGCGUCCUUCUGCGUUUUCCUUGGCGCGAAAUUCGAAUUCAGCUUCUUCGGGGAGGGGGAGGGAGUUGUUCGUCUAUUCUUUUUCUUCUACUUUACUUUCUGAUUCCUUUUUAAUUUGUGGCAUGCCAGUCUUAGUUGCCAAAAAGACUCCCUCGGACUUUGUUUUCCCCCUCCCUCUUCCCCGUUUCAUUGUUAGCAUAUCACCCACAAAAAUAGCACUUCUUCCACCGAGUUGACACACCAUUGCCCGCACACGCGCACACACAGAAUUUGAACUUGACAGAUAAGCUAUGUCGAAAAGGUAUGUUCACUCCAAAUAAAUUGUCUGUCUCUCAGAGGUACCCUAUGAUUUGUGGUCUGUUUGCAUUGCGUUUUCCCCAUCACUUAACCGAAAGGGAGGAGCAAUUAGUCCGGGAGGGGGAGAGUUCGUGGACAGCCAAGUCGAUCUCGUGCUGCCCAGGAUGACUUUUGGAUCCCAAACCCGUGUGCAGACCAACAUCUGCUUCAAGUCCCAUUGACGUUUAUGGAACCCCGAAUCAAUGAAAGUAGAGUGGAGCGUUUCUUGGAAGUAAAUAUCAUGGGACUCGGGCGUACAUUUCCAACUGAACACACCGCUGCAGCCCGAUCCCUUAAACGCGGUGGAUAUAGUUCCCAGCAAACCUGCAUGGGGUCGGGUAGU